UGUUCUAUUACACACGAUUGAUGACAAUUAUUAAUAGUUCUCUGUUUUUUUUUGUAAAUCAAAAAUAAAAAAGCUCGAGUGUUUGAAAUUUGGUGUUGGUGUUUUUCGAUUAUAUCUUCGCAUUAACAUGAACAAAAAUCGAACAGUUAGUUGAUUUUUGUCGUCGCAAAGUUGAACAUUUGAGAUUUAUAUAUAUAUGUAUAUAUAUAUUCAUCAUGUUUCGGUAAUCAAUUCAAACGGCAAAUUUAGCAACAAUUCUAUCAAAUUGUUUGAGACUACGGUGGAAUUCAAUUACGAAAAACAUUUUCAAACAAGAAUCGAGAAGUGAGUGCGACAGAAAGAGAGAGAGAGAGAAAGAGAAAGAGAGACAAAACGAGAAAAAUAAAGCCAUUAUUGUAAAACACAUUCGGAAAAAACGGAAAAUCAAACGAAAUGAAAAUCGAGAAGACAAAAAGCCAAAAUGUAUUGCAUGUGAAGAUGUGACUGUUUGCCAAUAAAAAAGGAUUUUCUAGCAAAUGGGCGACAGUUAAUAAAUAAAAUGAAAUAGCAUCCGCGCGCGCGUAAUGUGUAAAAAUUUCGGAAAUCGUUUCACAAUCGCAAGGUUUAAAGCAUUUUUAGUGUUAUUGUUAUUUAACUAUAUUAUUUUUUAUUAUUAAUUAUUGAAUAAAUCACACACAUAACUAUUCUUUUUUUGUACUAAUUAAAUAUAUUUAUCAAACCACUUAUCUAUUGUGUGGCAACAAAUUAAAAAAGAAAACAACAACAAAAACAAUAUAAAACACACCAACCAUAGAAGAAAUUCAAAAAUUCACAUUUUAACCGAUUUAAUACAUCGUCUCUCCUGGGAAUAAAUCCAAAAUAGAAUAGUAACACAAACACACACACAUACAAACAAAAAACUCAGUUUUAUAUUAAAAACUAAAUUUAAAAAAAAGCAAAAGCAACUAUAGUAACAACAACAAACCAGAAAGCAAAUGCAUGCACUAAAUCCUUUUAAAAUCGAAUUGAGAUAAAAAACAACAACAACAACAACAACAAUAAAGGAAUUAAAAUACGUUAGAGGCUCGAUUGCUCGUUUAGCUUAUCGAUAAUACAAUUUACACAAAUUACGAACAUAAAUACUAUAUUGUUUCUCAGAUUCAAAGAAUAAAAAAUAACACUGUAAAAAUAACAUAAUACGAUUAAGAAGUGCUGGACACAAACACACAUACACAAACAAGCAACAAAUUAUAAUUAAAUUGAGCUGUUGAAUGGUUAUCAAGUAUCUCAGUGCAUAAAUAUGGCAUCGGGAACAUUUGUUGAUCGCAUCGACCCAUUUGCUAAACGAUCACUCAAAAAGAAAAGUAAAAAGUCGCAAGGCUCAUCCAGGUACAGAAACUCGCAGGAUGUAGAACUGCAACCGCUGCCGCAGCUAAAAGCCGACAGUUCCAGUUUGGAUCAAGAGGAGCUUUUUAUAAAGAAGUUACGUCAAUGCAGCGUUUCGUUUGAUUUUAUGGAUCCAGUGUCAGAUCUAAAGGGAAAAGAGAUCAAACGUGCUGCACUUAAUGAUCUAUCCACCUACAUUACCCAUGGUCGAGGUGUACUAACAGAAGCUGUUUAUCCGGAAAUCAUUCGAAUGAUAUCGCUAAAUCUGUUUCGGACAUUACCGCCGAGUGAAAAUCCGGACUUUGACCCAGAGGAAGAUGAUCCUACUUUAGAAGCAUCCUGGCCACAUUUGCAAUUAGUUUAUGAAGUGUUUUUACGAUUUCUAGAGUCACAAGAUUUUCAAGCAACUAUAGGAAAGAAAGUGAUCGACCAAAAAUUCGUGCUACAACUGUUGGAAUUAUUCGAUUCAGAAGAUCCACGAGAAAGAGAUUUCCUAAAAACUGUGUUGCAUCGUAUUUAUGGAAAAUUCUUGGGGCUUCGGGCUUUCAUACGUAAACAAAUCAAUAACAUAUUUUUGCGCUUUAUUUAUGAAACCGAACACUUCAACGGAGUCGGUGAGCUGUUGGAAAUUCUGGGCAGCAUUAUAAACGGUUUCGCAUUACCUCUAAAAGCGGAGCAUAAGCAGUUUCUGGUCAAAGUUCUGUUGCCACUUCACAAAGUGAAAUGUUUAUCAUUAUAUCAUGCUCAGCUAGCUUACUGUGUGGUACAAUUUCUGGAGAAGGAUGCCGUUCUGACUGAGCCAGUCGUGCGUGGUCUCUUGAAAUUUUGGCCGAAGACAUGUUCACAAAAGGAAGUAAUGUUUUUAGGUGAAAUAGAAGAAAUUUUGGAUGUCAUCGAUCCACCGCAAUUUGUGAAAAUUCAAGAGCCACUAUUUCGUCAAAUCGCCAAAUGUGUCUCCAGUCCACAUUUUCAGGUUGCAGAGAGAGCGCUGUACUUCUGGAAUAAUGAAUAUGCCAUGUCUCUUAUUGAGGAAAAUAAUACUGUUAUAAUGCCAAUUAUGUUUCCUGGUCUGUAUCGUAUCAGCAAAGAACAUUGGAAUCAAACAAUCGUUGCGCUCGUUUACAAUGUCCUAAAAACAUUUAUGGAAAUGAAUUCGAAGCUGUUUGAUGAGCUGACCGCGAGUUACAAAGCUGAACGACAAAAAGAGAAGAAGCGAGAACGCGAACGCGAAGAAUUAUGGAAAAAAUUGCAUGAGCUGGAGAUUAGUCGUACAAAUAGAAUGCUGAUGAAUUCAUCCAAUAGCGAUACAAUUCAAUCUCCGACGAACACCUCAACAUCUGCAUCAAGUAAUCCAUUUUCGAGCACAACCACUUCAACCAUAACAAAGACUAAUACUACAAGCGCCGCUAGUGCUGCCGCCGCCUCAGCAGCCGGCUCAAUAAAUCCAUCGGCUGAUAGUACAGGAGACACAUAUAAUUUAAUUAAAAAAGAAAGUGUAUUAAAAGAGGAUUAACACAUUAAAUUUACGCAAAUAACAUGCAAAAAGAAUGAAAGAAAAAACUGAGCAAAAGAUAAUGAGAGAAAGAAAAAUAAGAAAAAAUGAAUUAAACAAAAAAAAUAACUUAAAAAAAAUAAUUAAUUACACAUACACACAAAAAACACACUAAAGCAGAAAAAAAUAUUUAAAAAAUUAUAUAUAUUGUGAAUUGUAUAUGUUGUGGUUUAUUAUUACCAGUGUUUGGUUGUAGUUCAGGUCAUUGACCGACGAGAACCAUUACGAGAUAAGCUUUGAAUCGAACGAAACUGGACCAUUGGACAUAUCGCGUGCACAAUCUUAUCAGAAUGCUGCGAAUGUGUGCAUUUUUCAGUUUUCAGAAAAAUGUCAAUUCGAAAAUUGUCAGAGAUGUGCCACGGUAACCAAGACAAAUGGGGUCAGUUAGUUGUUUUAUGCUUUUAUCGUGCAAGAAAAAAAAAUCAUAUUCAAUGAUCUAACCGACCAUUAACACUGAUUAUUACUAUUAUUAUUAUUUAUUUCUUCAUUUAUUUUUUUAUGUUUCUUUCCAUUGAAAAAAAAAAACGAAGAAGAAGAAGAAAAAGAAAAUGCAAAACCAAUUUUCUCAACCAAAAUGUUCUCCUUUUAGGCCUCCAUAAGCCUCCAUAUCUAUCAAUACAUACGAACAUACGCUUUCUUUUCGUUAUAAUAGCAAAAAGCAAGCAAGAAAUAAUAAUCAUUUUAUUUGUCCUAGAGAUCCCAAUUCCAAUUGUAUGUAAAAAAACACAAAAAAUAAUACGAAAUAAAAGUCCAAAAAAUUAUGUUUUGAUUUGAGACAAAAAAAAAAAUGAAAAUGAAAUAUAGAAGAUGCGAAUUCCGUACUCUGAUUUCUUUGAUAAAUCAAUUAUUUUUUUUAAAAAAAUACUACAAUGAAGUAGACAGACCCAGAAAGAGGAUUAAAUUUAAAAAGGAUAAAAAAAUUUAAAGUAAAUAAAUAAACAAAUAAAUAAAAAAAAGAAAACAAUAUUUAAAAAAAAACUAUGAUUAUUGUAAUGAUUGAAUGUAUCCUAUGCAACAAAUGCGAAAGAAGAUAAAAGUUGACAGUUAAAAGAUGAAACAUUGAUUUGAAUGCAUUUUUUGAGCUACACUGAAUCAAAGAGCUAGAAACUGAAAGAAGAUGAGAAAAACAAGAAAUGAUGAUGGAAACAUCAAGUAUUAAUUAAUAAGUUGGAACUACAUAAACAUAUAUUAUAUUAUAUAAUAUAAAAAAAAAAAA